UGCCGCCAAAUUAUAUUUAUGGAAUACGAAAUAAACUCGUCUCUUUUAUUUUUGGUAAUAUUUCACCUUUCAAUGGGGCAUUGGCACGUGAAGUAGAAUGUAAUAACAAUGCAUCGCCUCAAUAGUAAUCUCGGAUAACGGACAUUCAGGUGUCUGCUAUCUGAACCUAUCGAACGCUUUGCAGCGUAACAAAGAAAGAUUCUCAGCCAUUCCAGUGGUCAAGCUUUGGUGUUUUGUCAGACAGUAAUAUUCAAACAGCUGAGUACUUCGAUAUUUCAAAUCAGUUCCAUUCUCAGUUUUGCAAAUUAUAAUAAUUGACACGGUUUGAGUUGAUGAAGAUCGCGGGACGAAGCGACUUCUCAGGGUGAACCGCGUUCUCAAGAUAUCAUGCUUAACACAUCUCUGUCAGUUUAACUUUUUGAAAUAACUUUUUAAAUCUUUUAAUAAUAUUCAAUUUGCAGCGUUUAUCGGCGACUACAAAGUCAGGUAAUGUGUUAAUAUAUAUUGCAUACUACGAAUGUUUUCAGUCUUUACAAGUUCCUCAAACUCAUUUAAAGUUGACUCAUUGAGGAUGUUUCGGGGAUGAUUCAUCGACCAGUAUAGAUUCUAAUAUUUGGCCAGACACUGAUUUAUUCCUAUAAUUUCGAUGAUAAUAUUGCUUCUGUAUAUUUUCAAAUGAAAGACUUUCAUAUGUAUAGAAAUAGUCGAAAUUUAAAUUGACAGUGACGAUCUACUGGGGUUGAUAAAGGUAUAUAAAUGAAAAACGAGUUCGAAGAAACGAAUGCAAUCUCUUGCUUUUUAUUCUGUCACCUACACCCUUUAUCGCACUUCCGGGCUAUAUUAUGUCUAGGGUACUCGUAUGCGAUGUAAACAAAUACUCUGUAUCAUGAACUGUCAUCAGGCAGUUUGGUCAGCCGUCUUGAGAGUCAGAUACUCGUGCAGUCCUCAGUCGACUGAUCGCGCUUUGAAAAGAUCGUUUAAAAAAAAAUUUGUUCACGUUGCUUUGUACUAUAGAUCGUUUAAGGUGCAUCGAAUAAAAUCUGCAUAAUAUAAUCGUUGGGAUCUGUAUGAAAUCACGCGUUGCGCCAUCGGUAAGCAGAGUAUAAGACCUUUGAGACACGUUAUUUAAAGAAUUAUGCUCCGUUUAUCGUCGGUGCGACACGAGACCAUCAUCGUUUGGACCUCGAUACGGUAAUUCCUUCGAAGGAUCAAUGAUUUUCACGAUUCCCAUAUUUUAGCAUAAUUAUUGCCGAGAUUUGAACGGGCAUUAUGCUAAAAAUAUGUGGUAUCGUGAGUUCAACAUGAUCCUCGAUUCGUCCUCGUUCGAAUUUAAACGAGAUUCAUAAAAGCUUCGCGGACUCGCGUCUCCGCUUAGACCAUCUGUAGAACUCGAUCGAACAUGGGGUUAUCAUUCAAGCGAUCCAGUUUCUUUUUAUGUUCUCGCACAACGAUAUCGCGACACCAAGCGAGAAGUUAACGAGCAGUUGCCUCCGGUUGCUUACGGCAGAUUUAUUAAAUUCUCUUUCCGAAGCAAUAAAAAUCGUCGUCAAAAUGCGUGUGGCGAUAAUUGGUGCCGGUGUAAUUGGGAUGACGAGCGCUUUAGCGGUGAAAAAUUCUUUUCCGAUGUUCGACGUACACGUGUUCGCGAAUGAGUUUUCACCUGACACCACUGGCGAUGGGAGUGCGGGACUUUGGAGUCCUUACCUCCUCGGGACCACUUCUCCUGACAAAGUACUACGCUGGGGAGGAGUCACGCAUCGGUGGAUGGAAAAAUUAUGGAAAGAAGGCUUGUCCCGGGAAACUGGAGUCGCUUUGGUACCUGUAUACCAUGUCAUUAGCGACUCCCAGGGAUUUCCCGAUCUCAAUUGGAUAAAGUUGACAUACGGCGCACACAGACUGACCGUCAAAGAGUUGGAGAGAUUGAACGAGGAACACAAGUCGAAUUACAAAGAUGGUUGGUUGUUCCUCACUUACACCUGCGAGCCCGUCAUUCUGCUGCCAUGGUUGAAGGAACAGUUUGAGAAAGUUGGUGGAAAGCUUAAAAAAAGUAACAUUCAUACGUUCGACGAGUUGAUCGAUCAAGGAUAUGACUUGAUAAUAAAUUGCAGCGGUCUCGGUGCACGUGAACUCGUUGGCGAUAACACGGUUAUACCUAUCAGAGGUCAAGUUGCCAGGGUGACUGCUUCCUGGGUAAUGCACGGGAUCUUGGUGCAUGACAACGACGGAAACUACAUAAUACCAAAUUUUGAUAGCACUGUAAUUGGUGGAACGCAUCAAGAAGAUGAUUACGAUUGCACUCCACGGGAGGAGGACUUCAAGUUUAUUCGAGAUGGAUGUUGCCAAAUUAUGCCCUCUCUGCAGAAAGCUACCGUGAUAAAGCAGUGGGCCGGUCUUCGACCAGGAAGACCGGAGGUUCGCCUCGAACCAGAAAUUUAUAAAUCGUCUACAGGAAAAGAAAUCACGGUAAGGAUAUCUUUGAUAAGUUUCGAUGAUGAGCUGUUAGAUCAAUUUUUACGAUGUUCUCAGGUAAUACAUAACUAUGGACACGGAGGAAGCGGAGUAACUUUGAGCUGGGGUUGUGCCGUAGACGUCGUAAAGAUCCUACGAAACUUGACGGGAUUAAAAUCGAAUUUGUAAAAUUUGAGAACAGAAAGUAAUAAAAUUUGAAUAUUGGUUUUUA